AGUACCAUGGAAACAAUGAGAGCGUUGUUUUUUCUCUUGACAACCUUAACAAUUUUCAUGUCUGUUUCAACAACAACAUCACUAUCACCCAUUCAAAAUCUUCUCAAUUGUUUUUAUCAUUAUUCUCAAUCUUUUAAUUCAUCUGACAUUAUUUACGGUCCAAAAAACCCCUCAUUCUCAACCAUCCUAAAUAUGAAAAUACAUAACAAGAGAUUUAAAACAGCAACAUCACCAAAAGCUUUAGCAAUUAUAACUCCAAAAGAUGAUUCUCAUGUCCAAACAACAAUUAAAUGUGCCAAAAUCAACAACUUCCAAUUAAGAAUCCGAAGUGGCGGCCACGAUUAUGAAGGCUUCUCAUACUUAUCAGACGUGCCUUAUGUUAUAAUUGACUUGCUUCACCUCAAUUCAGUUGAAGUCAAUUUACAAGAUGAAACAACAUGGGUUGAAGCUGGUGCAACACUUGGUAAGAUUUAUUAUACCAUUUCAAAGAAAAAUAAUUCUCUUGCUUUCCCAUCUGGGGUCUGUUUUUCUCUAGGUGCUGGUGGUCAUUUCUCUGGUGGUGGGUAUGGUAAUUUGAUGAGAAAAUUUGGUCUUUCUAUUGAUAAUAUCAUUGAUGCAAAAAUUGUUGAUGUCAAUGGUAAUAUCCUUGAUAGAAAGUCAAUGGGAGAAGAUCUAUUUUGGGCUAUAAGGGGUGGUGGUGGUGCUAGUUUUGGUGUUAUUCUUUCAUGGAAACUUAAACUGGUUCAAGUAACUCCACAAGUUACUGUUUUCAAUGUCAAAAGGAACAUGGAUGAAGGUGCAACUGAUGUUGUAUACAAAUGGCAAUUAGUUGCACCAAAAUUGCAUAAAGAUAUUUUUAUUAGAGCGCAACAUAAUGUUGUUACAAUUAGUGGUAAAAAGAUAGUGCAAGUUAGUUUCAUUGGUCAAUUUUUGGGAACAAUUGAAAGACUUUUGCCGUUGAUCAAUGAGAGUUUCCCUGAAUUAGGUUUAAAGAAAAAUGAUUGCUCUUCAAUGCCUUGGAUUAAUUCCACAUUUUUUUGGUAUGAUAUUCCAAUUGGCACUCCUCUUGAAGCAUUGUUAGAUGAACCAAAAGAUCCUAAACCAAUUUAUAUCAAAGGUCAAUCAGACUAUGUGAAGAAACCAAUUCCUAAAAAAGAUAUCGAAUCUAUAUGGAAAUUGAUGGUUGAAGGUGAGACGUUGUCUAUGCAAUGGAAUCCUUAUGGUGGAAGGAUGGAAGAGAUAUUGCCAUCAGAAACACCAUUUCCUCACAGAGCUGGAAACUUGUUCUUGAUUCAAUACAUUAAUUCUUGGAUAGAAGAAUCUCCUGGAGCUAUUGAACAUCGUGUGAAUUUUUCAAGGUUGUUUCACGAAUUCAUGACGCCCUAUGUUUCGAAUUCUCCAAGGGAAGCAUUCCUCAAUUAUAGAGAUGCUGAUGUUGGUGCCAAUCAUCCAAGUAAUGCAACAAAAAUUGAUGUUGCGAGAACUUAUGGAAGCAAGUAUUUCAAAGAAAAUUUUGAAAGAUUAGUUAGUGUGAAAACCAAAGUUGAUCCUGAGAAUUUUUUUAGAUACGAACAAAGCAUACCUAGUAGGUUAUCUAAAACUCAUAUUUAGUGUCAAUUUCUAAUGAAAUAAAAUGGAAUAAUAAGCCCCUCUGGAAAAAAUGGAAUAAUACUAUUUUUCAUUGAAAAUUGCA